AUGAGUGGAGCUGUUCUUGUUGCCGUUGCUGCUACAAUUGGUAACUUGCUGCAAGGAUGGGAUAAUGCUACAAUUGCAGGAUCCAUUUUGUACAUAAAGAGGGAAUUUAAAUUAGAAAGUGAACCCACAUUAGAAGGUUUAAUUGUGGCUAUGUCACUUAUUGGAGCCACUGUGGUUACUACAUGCUCUGGAACCUUAUCAGACUUGCUAGGUCGACGUCCUAUGUUGAUAAUCUCCUCAAUCCUUUAUUUUGUUAGUUCUCUUGUGAUGCUAUGGUCUCCAAAUGUUUAUGUACUCCUUUUUGCAAGGCUUUUAGAUGGGUUUGGUAUUGGUUUGGCUGUUACCUUGGUACCUCUUUAUAUAUCUGAGACAGCUCCAACUGAGAUUAGGGGAUUACUCAAUACGCUUCCACAGUUCACUGGUUCUGCUGGAAUGCUUUUCUCCUAUUGUAUGGUGUUUGGUAUGUCACUCAUGAAGACCCCAAACUGGAGACUCAUGUUGGGUGUUCUAUCAAUUCCCUCUCUCUUUUAUUUUGUACUGACGCUAUUCUUCUUGCCUGAGUCUCCAAGAUGGCUUGUCAGUAAAGGUCGGAUGCUUGAGGCCAAGAAGGUUUUGCAACAGCUUCGUGGCAAAGAAGAUGUCGCUGGUGAGAUGGCUUUACUGGUUGAGGGUCUUGGAGUUGGGGGUGAUACAGCUAUAGAAGAGUACAUAAUUGGUCCAGCCAAUGAACUCAAUGAUGCAGAGGAUCCAUCAGCAAGAAAAGAGCACAUCAAAUUGUAUGGGCAAGAACAAGGUCUAUCCUGGUUUGCUAGACCUGUAAGUGGACAAAGUUUUAUUGGCCUUGUAUCUAGGAAGGGAAGCAUGGCAAAUCAAAGUGGUCUAGUGGACCCUCUAGUGAAGCUCUUUGGUAGUAUCCAUGAGAAGCUCCCGGAAGCAGGAAGCAUGAGAAGCACCCUUUUUCCACACUUUGGAAGCAUGUUUAGUGUUGGGGGAAAUCAACCUGGUAGUGAAGAUUUUGACGAAGAAAGCCUUGCCAGAGAGGGUGAUGAUUAUGUCUCUGAUGUUGCUGCCGAUGAUUCUGAUGAAAAUUUGCAGAGUCCAUUGAUCUCACGUCAACCAACAAGUCUUGAUAAGGACAUGCCUCCUCCAACUCAUGGUAGCCUUUUAAGCAUGAGGCAAGGUAGUACUAGUCUUUUGCAAGGAAAUGCUGCAGAAGCUGCUGAGAAUAAUGCAGGGAUUGGUGGUGGAUGGAAGCUAGCAUGGAAAUGGUCUGAAAGAGAAGGCCAAGAUGGGAAUAAGGAAGGUGGUUUCAAGAGAGUGUAUUUACACCAAAAAGGUGCUCCUGGCUCUAGACGCGGGUCUCUGAUUUCUCUUCCAGGUGGUGAUGUGUCAACAGUUGGUGACAUUGUUAAGGUUGCAGCUCUGGUAAGUCAGCCAGCCCUUUAUAACAAGGAACUUAUGCAUCAGCAGCCACUUGGACCAGCUAUGAUUCAUCCAUCCGAAACAGCUGCAAAAGGGCCAAGUUGGAGUGACCUUUUCGAACCUGGAGUGAAGCAUGCGUUGAUUGUUGGGGUGGGGAUUCAAAUUCUUCAGCAGUUCUCUGGUAUAAAUGGGGUGCUCUACUACACACCUCAAAUUCUUGAACAGGCAGGUGUUGGUUAUCUUCUUUCAAACCUGGGCCUUAGUUCUAUUUCUGCGUCUUUGCUUAUAAGCACUGUUACAACCUUGUUGAUGCUACCCUGUAUAGCUGUUGCCAUGAGGCUCAUGGAUAUAUCUGGCAGAAGGGCUUUGCUGCUAAGUACAAUCCCCGUCUUGAUAAUAUCGCUUCUGAUAUUUGUCCUAGGGAGUCUUGUGGAUUUGGGCAGUACUGUGAAUGCAUGUAUAUCAACCAUGAGUGUUGUUGUCUACUUGUGUUUCUUUGUCAUGGGAUUUGGCCCAAUUCCUAAUAUCCUUUGUGCAGAGAUCUUCCCUACACGAGUUCGUGGUCUCUGCAUUGCUAUAUGUGCUCUUACCUUUUGGAUUGGUGACAUCAUAGUCACCUACACACUCCCACUUUUGCUUAAUUCCGUAGGCCUUGUUGGUGUUUUUGGUAUGUAUGCGGUCGUGUGCAUCAUAGCUUGGAUGUUUGUCUUCUUUAAAGUUCCAGAAACCAAAGGCAUUCCACUAGAAGUUAUCGCUGAGUUCUUCUCUGUCGGGACAAAGCAAGCUGAAGUUGUCAAUAAUAGCUGA